GUUGUUAUUUGUUUACAUGUGAAAAAAAUGUUAUACUGUUUAAUAAAUUGUUGAUUUGCCAUUUAAUCAACUAGAAAACUAUAAGUUGAUUACUCUUGAAAUUGUAAUUUAAUAUUAUGUCGACUGUUGUGUUUAUAAACUGUUAAUUAAAAUGUUAAUAACUAAAGUUGCAUUUCGAGGAAUCAUCCUAAAUGUUAGGAGUUAUGCUACCUUCACUGAUUCCACCCAAAAAUUAACCUUAGAAAAUGUGUCUGGAUUUAAAAGGAAGGCCAAUGUCAUUAAGUCUAAAUUGAAAAGCGAUUUAUUAGACUAUUGUGAUUCACUUAGAUUAAAAGUUAUUGGUGGUUCAGGAGGUAAUGGAUGUCCAGUGUCAAAGGCCAUCGGUGGUUCUGGAGGAAAUGUAAUUGUUACAGCUUCAGACGAGAUUGAUGAUCUUUCAUAUAUUAAAUCAAAUUUUCCUGAUCUUAAAGCUUUAGCUGGUCAUGGACUGGAUGGACGAAAGUCCAGACUGGUUGCACCCGAUGGCAUUGAUUUGACAAUUAAAGUUCCAUGCGGGGUCACAUUAUUCAAUGAGUUUAUGAGUCCAAUUGGGGAUUUAGUCAAGAAUGGUGACUCCAAAAUUGUUGCUCAUGGAGGACAAGGUGGAAGCGUAAGGAACAAUUUUUUCGGAGGUAAAGGACAAUCACAAUGGAUAACUUUGGAUUUAAGAUACUGCGUUGACAUAGGUCUUGUCGGUUAUCCAGAUUCUGGAAAAUCUCUUUUACUAACCAAACUAUCGACAUCUGAUCAAUAUCUCAUCGGAUCACCAGAAAAAUCGUAUAAAAGUAAAAGGCCUUGGUUGGAUGAUAUUAAAUUCAAAGAUGGAAGACUUAUAAGCUGUGUUGAUUUACCUAGUCUUGUAGAAGGAGCUCAUUGCAAUGAUGGUCUUGGUCACCAUUAUCUGAAACAUUUAUAUCAUAAUCAAUUGAUUCUUUUUGUUAUUGAUGUUCAUGGAUUCAAUCGAGGAAUAUUUCGCAAACCAAUCGAAACGGUACUUUUACUCAACAAACAAAUUGAAAUUUACGAUGAUAGAUUUUUAUCUAAACCAGUCUUAAUUGUCGUAAACAAGAUGGAUUUACCUGGAGCUGAUGUUGCUUUCGAAGAGUUUAUGGUAGACUUAAAGAAAAUUUAUUUACAACCUGAUGAAUGUGAUUUAGAUAAAUCAAUUUUACCUCGUAGAUUAAUCAAAUAUCAAGAUAUUAUUCCAAUAUCUUGUCUUCAAGAUAGAAAUAUUGACUAUGUAAAGCAGCGUGUUCGUGAACUAAUUGACUUUAAUUAUAUGAGUAAGCGCGAUCCAGACUGUCCUCGUACGUUCAUUAGUCUAUUAGAUCGAGUCAUGGAAUCCAGAAAACAAACAAAAUUUAAAUUGUUGUAAUUAUUUCGUCGUAAGUAAAAGAGUCUCAUUAAAUCAACACGAUUUUUGUAUGUACAAUAUUUUGUAUUAUUAUAUUAACAUAUAAAUUCACCUUUUCUCCUAAA